AAAACAAGUCCCGUUCGAAUCAUCGCGUGAUUUAGAGUUUCCGGAAGUUAGAGCAUGAGACGAGAACUGUCCGAGGUGCUGACACUGUACGAGAUGCUUUUCCUGCUUUAGAAUACUGAGUCUGCGGUAUUUUUCACAGAUUUUUACAAUAUGGAUGAACAUCGAGGGGUGUGUACAAGUUUGACGUUCUCCCGUAACACCAGCACCCCUGUAGGUAGUGAACCUGGGAAUACCCCACAAUGCAACGGAGCCCCAGAGCGGUGGACGCAUCUACGAGUGGCUGAGUCCCAGGGACUGCAGCUCCUUGGUGUGUUCAGAUCGUUCAGGGAGCAAGGUCUGCUGUUUGAUUUCAUCAUCAUAGUCCAGGAGCACGAAUUCCCCUGUCACAGAUGCGUUCUUACAGCAUGUAGUGAUUUCUUCAGAGCCAUGUUUGAGGUCGACAUGCGAGAGCGUGGAGAUGGCUCAGUAACCCUUGCUAAUCAGUGCCCCAAGGCUGUGGGUUCUUUCCUGGAUUUUGCCUACUCUGGAGAGGUUCUCAUCACUGAUGGCAACGUUGACAUACUGUUCCAGCUUGCUUCUUUUCUGCAGGUCCCUGUCCUGUCCAGAGCAUGCAGUGACUUCCUGAUAGCAACAAUGGAUCUUUGUAACUGUCUUCCCUUCUUGUCCCUGGCAGAGGCAUAUGGUUCAGCCUCUCUCCUUCACAGUGCCAGCGAGUUUGUGGUUAGGAACUUUUUUGACCUGUCCAAAACACAGGAGUUCUUGGAGAUGCAGGAAAAUGUCUUAAAGGCCUGCCUAAGGUCAGAUGCUCUAAACGUUCCCAGCGAGGAGACAGUUGUGAUGUCUCUUCUUAAAUGGAUACAUCAUGAUUUGCCAGGGAGACAGAAGCUGCUCUCAGAACUGAUGUCUCUGAGCCGACUUCACCACCUGCCUGCAGCUUCCCUGAAGACUUUGUGUGAUUCACACCCACUCAUCUGCAGUGAUGACUCCUGUCUUACACUCCUAUCAGAGGCCCAGGGCAAACAGAUUCAGUACAAUGGCCUGCUCACCGAUGCCAGACCCGCGACCAUGAAGAGCUACAUCUACAUUCACAAGACAGAGGAAAACGGGGAGAACCGCCACACCUUCUGCUACUGCUUGGAAACAGACCAGUGGAAAGAACUGCAAACAGACCUAGGGGAGGCUUCCAUGCCAGAUCCACCUGGGUCUUAUCUGAGCAGCUAUGCUGAGAAGAUGUUUAUCACAGGCGGUUGCCGGGGGAACUGCUGCCGGGCAAUUCGCCUCCAUGUGGCAGAACCCUUCCACAGUGCCACUGAUGAGGUUUGGUGUUUUUGCCCUGUGACCUUAACCUGCACGCCUGCACCGGCCAUGUUGAAGCCCAGAACCAUGCACACAGCUGUGACCUGCCUUGACCGGGUGUAUGUCAUUGGGGGACGGACCAAGGGAUCCAGAGGGGAGGCCCCGAGUCUGUUGGAGGUGGAGUACUAUAAUCCUCUGAAUCAGGGCUGGUCCUCUGUUAGCCAACUGCCAAAUGCCAUCUUCUUCCCAGAGGCCAGUGCUUGUGGCAGUGUUAUUUAUAUGCUUGGGUCUGAGGUUGAGAUCACAGAUUCAUUUAAUCCCUCACUGGACUGCUUCUUCCGCUAUGAUGCCCAGCAGGAUCAGUGGAGCCGUCUGGUGGCAGAGUUUGGGCAGUUCUUCCACGCCACACUGGUCAAGGCGGUGUCAAUAAACAACACGCUUCACCUCUGCGAUCUGUCUACGUACAAGAUUUACAGUUUCUGCCCAGAGACCUGUGUGUGGAAGGGUGAGGGCUCGUUUGAAUGUGCAGGAUUCAACGCAGGAGCUGUAGGGAUGAGGGACAGAAUCUACAUUCUCGGUGGAGACUAUUCACCGGAUGAGAUCACAGACGAAGUUCAGGUGUACUACAGUGGGAGGAGUCAAUGGGAGGAAGUUACACCCAUGCCCAGAGCGCUCACUGAGUUCCACUGUCAGGUCAUCAGCUUCAACCAAUACAGAGACCCAUGGGCAGAAUGAUACCCAACAGACAAUGCCCCCCCUCAACACACACACACACACACACACCUGGAGCCAAAUGAUACUGGAUGUGCAUGUCUGCAUUGACCUUUCAUGGCUUUUAAACGUGCACAUUGUGAAUGGCUAACAUCUUAAAAGAAGAUGACAGUCAGGGUCAAAUGAUUAUUUUGGUUUAUCUCAUGUAAAUUUGAUCAUAAGAGUUGUAUGUCAAACCACCUAAUGUUUAAGCAUCCUCCUGUGGAGGAACCCUAAUUUUAAAGGUUUAUUUUAGUAACAGAUUAUUUUUCAUGAUCAAGAGAACAGGUAGAGAGCCCAAUUAUAGAAAUAGCAUUGUACUACCAUCUCUUCUACAGAAGAAGACUUUAUUUUGUCUAUUAACAGAUGCUUUUUUGCUGCUUUAAUUUGCCCUUUUUUUCAGCAUUAAAAAAGUCAUAUUCUAGCAGCAGAUCAGAAUCUGUGCCACAGAAGACCUAAACACAAAAUAAAUGCAAAUUAAGAAUUUCAUAACUGCUUAAACAGUCUUUGCUAUAACUGAAAAUACAUAUUUAUGUGUUUUAUCCCUUCUUAGUAAAAUUUUCUCCGUUUAAUCUUUACUGUAAAACAUUUUCUUGUCGGUUGGAGAGCUGAAAUUAAAUAAUUUAUUUAAACUCACGAAGGUAAAAAAUGUCAUGUCAACACUCAUGUAAACAACAUGCUUUUAUUUUACUGCUACUCUGCCAUGUGAUUAUGCAUGUCCUGGUUUGUGUGCUUUUGGUAAAUAAAAAUGAGUAGUAUUUCUGUACCUGUUAAACAAAACCACACAAUUUUUUACGAUAAUGUCCAGUUUAAAAAAGCACAAGCAGAAAAAAACAUCUUUAGUGAAUGCAUAGCUAGGUAGUGUAAUGCCACAAAAACCCACAAAUUGAAGGGUUUAAGGACAAGACGUGAGCAUACAUAAAGUCAGUAGAACAAAAGAGCCAACAACAAUAAAAUGAUAUGACCGACUGUAUAACA